AUGAGGGAGUACUUCAAGUCGGCCGCUCCUGUGACUCGCAACCACGUCGCUGGUAUCUUUGACCGCAUCGCGGUGGCUUGCAGCAGCAUCAACUCAGGGGGUGCCCACUACUACUGUGGCGACCCGAGGGGCGUCUGCGCUAGACGCAAUGCGGUAGCCUACGCCGUGCCCAAGCUGGGAAUCAUAGGCACCUGCCCUGGGUACUACCAAAAGCAGCUUCAAAACAACCAAUGCCAUUAUAGGGACCAGGCCUUCGUCACGCUCCACGAGACGGGCCAUCUGUUCGGCCUCAAGGAUAUCAAUAGGGCUUACAGCUACGAACAAACCCGGGCUCUUUCAGCAGCUCAGAACCUUAGACACACCAACUCGUACAGUUACUUCGCCAAAGCUCGAUAUGCCGGCUCUGCUCGUGCAUCCAUCGACCGUAUCGUCAAGAGGCUUGAGGCUGCAAAUACCGUUGCUUAUGAGGAUGUUGCUGAUGCUAAGAUAGGGCGCCCGCAGCAGCUCACGGAGGAAGAAGAAGAAGCUAUCGUAUCUUAUAUCAUCUGGAUGCAGAAGUCAGGCCUGCCUGCCGCGAAGUGGGAAAUAGAGGAUGCAGCACUCACUCUGCGCCGCCGCCGUGAUCCUGAUGUGACACGUCCAGGUCGUAAAUCACCCCAGCCCGUAACCACGAUUGCAGCACUUGACACAUUCCUAUAA